AUGCUGUUUGGAGACCCGACCAUGACGGCGACGGAUGCCGUGGUGGAUGUGCUGGACAGGGCGAGGAAGGAGAUCAAGAGGAUGCUGGAACGCGUCGUGGAGCAGAUGAAGGUCUCUUCGGCGCCCGCCCACUUGCUGCUUAUCGGAGACGGCGCCCUUCUCGUGACGCUACGACCUGCGGAACGUGGAGAAGUGCAUCCGGCCCAUACACCACGGCGCUGCCAACGCGGUCGGCGCGGCAAUUGCUAA